AUGUAUCAUGGAUUCUGGCACGAUCAAUACGGGCUACGCCCCGGUAUCUCGACUAUCAGCGAUGCUGUAACACACUUGUUUCGUGCCUUGCAAUCCUGGCCAGCGCGGAACGACUUGACACUGGAGAUCAAUGCGUACGAGCCCAAGAACUACUCGGAGGAGUGGCUCAAGGGGCAUCACUAUGGAGCGCCAGGUGAAGAGCACGAACAUAUGCGUCUCUUAUCGAAUCCCGAACCCAAGGAGCUUGUAAUGCCUCCCCAUGAUGCACUAACGACAUUGUUUACGCAGGUGGGAUUCGACAUGCGAUAUGCGCCCCCUGUCCAAGCCGUGACAAAGUUUCUUCUUCCUCGGCAAUGCCGGCGUCAAUUUACAGCAAGUACUCUUGCCUGCAUAUUCGAGCGACUUCCCCGAUUGGAAGAGAUUACCCUUGAGACUUGGGAUGUCUCAGAUAUUCAGUAUGAAUCCGGUGUUGUCGACACAUAUGCACAAUACCUGUUGAUGGUACCUGAUUCUUUCAGGAACGUCAAGUCGAUGACUGUUUUUCAAGAUCGUGAUGAGUACUUCAACACGGUAUCUCGUCACUACACAGAGGAGUUUCGACGCCUUUUCCAACAGGUCAUGGGGACUCCGCCAGACACAGUACCGUCGAUGCAACAAGUACUUUCUCAGGCAUUCGCUAGAACAAGUCUUUCGCUUGAGAGUCUCUCCGUUUCAUUCAUGAUUGACGCCGUUGACUUCUUCGGCCAGUGUCAAGAAAACUGGCGAUGGAAAGAGUUGCGUUCCCUCACGCUGACGUCCCGACUGCUCACCCGUGAUGGCGACUCUUUCAAGAUCAACGGACUAUUACAAACUGCUGCGCAAAUUGCGAUGCGCAUGCCAAAGUUGGAGAGGCUUAUAAUAUGGAACGGCGGGGUUAAUGAAGCGUGCGCCUUCACAUAUCGCAAGUAUCAACACAGUGCUUCGGUAACGUGGCAGGCAAAGGGGGAACCACAGCUGCACCCCAUAGUGUACAGCGCCUGGGAAAACGUGGCCCAUGAGUAUUCUCGAUUUUUCUUCAAGGUCGAGAAGAAGGGUACUUGGCCUAUAAUCAUGUCUCAUGCCGCUGCUAUCACGUGCUUGGGGUUGGAGCAUGUGGUGAACGAUGUGUCGUUGAGACAGAUGCGACUGGAGAAUAGUAUUCCUUAUUAG